AUGUCACAGCGUUUAGUUAGUGCCACACAAAUUAUGGUUCUUUAUAAUUUAGAUAAUCCUCAUGCCCCAAAACGAAUUCGAACAGCAUAUACCAAUAAGCAAUUACUUGAGUUGGAAAAAGAAUUUCAUUAUAGCAAAUAUUUAUGUCGACCGCGACGAGUUGAAAUAGCCUCAACACUGUUACUAAGUGAGAGACAAGUGAAAGUGUGGUUUCAAAACAGGCGAAUGAAAUACAAGCGACAACUGAUGCUUCAAGAUCCAAAACUGACAGAAGUCGAAUUAGAAGAACUAACUAGAGGGGAGGAGGAAGAGGAAGAAGACAGUAACAACAAUGACGAUAAAGGUGACGAUAUUGAAAACUCAAAAUCGAACGACAUUAGUGAUGAAAAACUGAUGCUGAACAAGCAACAAGAAACAUCUGAAACAGAAAAAUUGCAAUGUGGACCAUUGAAGAAAAGAAAAAAACGAAAUCGAUGUACAUUUAAAAAUUGCGGAAAAGCUAAUGCAGUAGAAUGGUCAACGGUGGACGAAGAAAUGAAUAAUUUAACUUCUACUGAAGUGUUAAUUGACGCUAAAAUGGCACCAGAUACCAUUUCUACAAAAGUCUUAUUUGAAGACACAAAUGUACCACUGAACAGUACCACAGUUAAGGAUGAUCAAAUUAAGGAGGAAAGUGCUAUUGAGAUGGGUAUGAACAAUAACGGUUCGACGCACGACAACGUUACUAUGCCAUGGAAUAAUAAUCCUGCUAAUGAUUUAUAUUUUGAUCAUCCAAACGAUGUAACACCCAAUGUCAGCGUUAUGAUGGUAAAUGAUCAACAACCUCCAUCUUAUAUUUAUUCAAAAUCAUCCGCUUCUUCGAAAAGUACACCAGCUUACGCCGAACAAGUUGUUGCUAGAAGAAGCAGUUGUAUAAAAUUAGAACACACUUUAACAACUGUUUGUCCAAUAGAUGACAGUAGGCAGCAGCCAGACAUUGCUAAUACAAGCUGUAAUUGGUCAACAAAUAUGACCACACCGUCUCUUGAUAAUUAUUUCAAUAAAACUCAGUGUGAUCAAGUUAACUGUUUUUGUAACUAUAAUAAUAAUACGACAUUCGUUCCUACAGAUGACACAUUUGUAAAUUCACAAUAUGUAACAAAUUCGAGUAAUGAUUUUCCUAGUUGGAUGAAUGGAAACUCUUUUUAUAAUCAUCAACAACAACCCUACGUUUUGCCUCAAAAAACUUCAUCAUUACCUUAUCCUCAAUUAUCUAAUUCUUGUUAUUCGUCUCAACCAGUCCAACAUAACAUGACCGUAAAUGUGCCAGUAGUGACUAAUUUUCAAUUAAAUGUUAAUACUCAUGUACCAUCUCAACCACCACCUCCUCUGACAUAUCCAUCGACGAACAGCAAUGUUUACCCAUCACAAAAAUACAUAUUGUCACCGUACAGUAAUUCUGGAACAUUUAGUAAUUCACAGUACAAUAAUCAAUCGCAAAAACAACAAACACCACAUUCUUAUCGUACUCAAACUCAACCACCGCCACCACCAUCAUCAACUUUCGUUACAAAAAAAUACAAUCAUUUAUCCUACAAUACUAAUCGCCAUAUGCAAAAAACAUUUCAUCGUGAACAGCCUUCACAUUUAAGAUCUUGGUCAUCGUCACUUAACUACGUUUGUCGAGAUGAGUAUCCGAUGAAUGUGACUUCUUCUACAUAUACCGGAAACCAUCAAUCAAGUGCAAUGAUGGAAAAUAUUUACCAUCAACUAUAA